UCAGGAUUUGAGUAGGUUGCGCCGCGAAGCUCGUUAUGCGCAUGCGCGCAGUUCUGCCUCCAACAACAAGAAGGAGCUGGAGCCAGGCAACAUGGCCGACCUGGGGAAGAAGUACUGCGUUAACUGCCUAGCAGAUGUUACGAACCUGCGGCUUCGCUGCACCGACUGCCCCGAUAUCGAGCUGUGUCCGGAGUGUUUCUCGGCGGGCGCAGAAAUCGGUAAUCACCGGAGAUGGCACGGCUACCAGCAGGUCGACGGUGGUCGGUUCUCCCUCUGGGGUCCCGAGGCAGCGGGAGGAUGGACUAGCAGGGAAGAGCAGUCGCUCCUCGAUGCCAUCGAGCAAUAUGGAUUUGGAAACUGGGAGGACAUGGCCGCUCACGUUGGAGCAACCCGAACUCCUCAGGAAGUCAUGGAGCACUACGUCACCAUGUACAUCCACGGGAACCUGGGUAAGGCCUGCAUCUCCGACAGCAUUCCCAACCGAGUGACGGACCACACCUGCCCCAGCGGAGGGCCCCUGUCGCCGAGCCUCACCACCCCACUCCCCCCGCUGGAGAUCAGCCUGGCCGAGCAGCAGCAGCUGGGCUACAUGCCGCUACGUGACGACUAUGAGAUUGAAUAUGACCAGGACGCAGAGAAGCUCAUCAGCGGGCUGUCUGUCAACUACGACGAUGAGGAUGUGGAAAUUGAAAUGAAACGCGCCCACGUGGACAUUUAUGUGCGAAAGCUCAGAGAGCGCCAGCGACGUAAGAACAUUGCCCGGGACUACAACCUGGUGCCCACGUUCCUGGGCCGGGACAAGAAGGACAAGGAGAAAGAGAAGCCGGGAGCGCCGGGAGUCGUAUGCAGCGCUGGUGGGGUGGGGGGUGCAGGAGCUGGAGGCGGCACAAUCGGAUCAGGUUCCACAACAGCGGCAGGAUCAGGUCCUGUUUCCAGUACCCCCAAAAGAAAGAUCACCAAGGAAGAGAAAGAGCAACGGCUCAGACUACGGGGGCUCUGCCAGUUCAUGGCCCAUAAGGAGUUUGAAGACUUAUUUGAGAACAUGCAUAAGGAACGCGUGCUUAGGGCCAAAGUGCGUGAGCUGCAACGCUUCCGUCGCAACGGCAUCACCCGCCUGGAGGAGUCGGCAGAGUAUGAAUCAGCGCGACACAAACGAGAGAAACGCAAAGAGAACAAAAGUGUGAUCACGUCCAAACGAGGCAGCGCAGGAGGCGGCGGGCUUGUUUCUGGUAUGGGACUCGGGGGUGGAGCUACAGGGGGAGGAGGCCUUGCUGGUGGGUUGGGGGUUGGAGGUGGGAUCAAAGAAGAGGGCAAAGAUGGUGAGUUUGCCACUAUUGAGAAUCUGACCGGCUUUGAGCUGCUGUCAGACAGAGAGAAGGUGCUGUGUAGCUCUCUGAAUCUCAGCCCAGCACGGUACCUGACUGUCAAAACUAUCAUCAUCAAAGAUCACCUGCAGAAGAGGCAAGGCAUCCCAGCCAAGAGCCGGCUGCCCAGCUACCUGGACAAGGUCCUCAAGAAGCGCAUUCUGAUCUUCCUCACGGAAAGUGGCUGGAUAUCUCGAGACGCAUCCUAGCGGCCCAUCUCUGAUCAAUUGAUGAUAGCUGAUUUGGUAUAAUCUUCGUGGGCGGGACAAAACUACUGGCUUUUUUCAAAGGUGACCUUGUGAAUAUGUACAUUGCAAAGAAAGCAGAUGAAAAAGAAAAGUAUUUUCAUACCAGAAUGAAAACUACCCUAUAUUUUUGGAAAGGGAUGCAAUCACCUCCGCGGUUUAAAGUACUUUGUGUCCAUAUUGUUACUACAUAAACUACAAUGCUAACAGGUAUCUCAUAGUUGCGGCGAUGUACUGGAAAAAAGCCACUUGCACAUGACAGAUUGGGGAAACAAGGAUUAGAUUAUCGUAUUCAUAUUUCAGGACCUCUCAAAUUCUAAUUUGAUUAACUGUGUCAGCUGUUGUAUCACUUAAAGCUGGACUGUUCACAUCUUUUAACAUUUAAAAAAAAAUUCUCCAUAGUCAGUAAACUCUCAAUUCAUCUCAAUAAAGAAAAAGUAUCUGGGUUCAAUAGUCAAACUCGCUGUCUCUCGACUGAGCACGGGCUACUGAAGGCAAAUUGUAUCUGGGUCAGAGAGAAAGAGUUUGUUUUUAUAUAUAUAUAUAUAUAUAUAUAUAUGUGGCAUAUCAGUAUUGGUACACAUUUGUGCCAAUAAGCAGCAAGAAAUGUAUGUAAAUAUAUGCCAAAGAAUAUUAAAAAGUCAUUCAGAGUGUUGUCAUUACAAACUGUCCACUAAAUAGCGUGAAAGUCAAAAGAACCUGCUCUGCAUAAUUUUCUAAAGUGCCAGCUCACCACAAAAUCUAAUGACCAUUUUUCCCCUACUUUCCGUUUCAUCUAUUGAUGUAGUUCCUCCAACAUAACGUUACUAAAUGGCACUCUGCUUAUUGUGCUCAAAGUGACAAAAACAUAAAUAAAAAAAACUCCACAACAAUGUCUCUCCAGAUAUCAUGAGCCAUUUACUACUAACAAGGUCAAAGAAAAUAUGUUUUGGAUUUUUGAGAGGUAGCCUUCUUUAAAAAUCAAUUUCUAAGGAUUAUUAACAGAAAUGCAUUUGUCUGCAAACCUGGCUUUAAAUAAGUACACAGUAAUCUAUCAUGUGAGAAGAGUUUAUGUAAUAAUCAAGUUUACAUAUCCGUACUAGUAUUGUAUCAGUUGGGCUCCCAUUUGUAAUUUAAUUUAGGUCUGAACCUAAAUGGGUUAUAGUUAGAAGGUCAGUGUCCCUCUUCUGUCCUAACAGCUCCAUAUGCACACAGCCUCUUAUUGGCAGCAUAUCCUUGUUUCUUAAAGGUGACUCUACUUGGUAUGAAAACACAACUGGUGACUCAUUCUCAUUUUCCUGCUUUUUCUACAAGCCGUGCGCUGGCAAUCGCAGUUUUAAAAUCUAAAUGUGUAAUUUCGAAGGAGGAGCUUCAAAAUAAAUGCAUUGGAAUUACUCAAGCUUUGAAGUUGGCCUUUUUGUGGGGAAAUGAAAGUUAAAAGUCACACUAGUUAUUUACCGGUAGACCUUGAAAGUAGAGCUUUGUCAUGUUUAAUCAAUGUGAAAUCUAUUUUUGGCCAAAGGCUGACUUGUUAGCACUACAAUGCUAACAAGUGUUGCAUUGUUGCAGAGAUAUUCUGGUGUUCAUGCAACAGGUUCACUAUUGCCUUCAGAACUGCCUCAAUUCUCCGUGUCAUACUUUCUACAAGGUGUUGGAAACAUUCCUCAGAGAUUAUGGUCCAUACUGAUAUGAAAGCAUCGUUCAGUUGCUGCAGAUUUGUCGGCUACACAUCUAUGAUGUGAAUCUCCCGUUCCAUCACAUCCCAAAGGUGAUUAUUGUAUUGAGAUGUGACUGUGGAGGCCAUUGGAGUACAGUGAACUCAUUGUCAUGUUCAAGAAACCGGUUUGAGAUGAUAUGAGCUUUGUGACAUGGUGCAUUAUCCUACUGGAAGUAGCCAUCAGAAGAUGGUACAUUGUGGUCAUAAAGGGAUGGACAUGGUCAGCAACAAUACUCAGGUAGGCUGUGGCAUUUAAACAAUGAUUAAGUGGUAGUAAGGGGCCCAAAGUGAGAAAAUAUUCCCCACAACCAUUACACAACCAGCAGCAGCCUGAACCAGCAGCAGCCUGAAGCGUUGAUGCAAGGCAGGAUGGAUCCAUGCUGUCAUGUUGUUUAUGCAACAUUCUGACCCUACCAUCCGAAUAUUGCAGCUGAAAUCGAGACUCAUCAGGCCAGGCAAUGUUGUUCCAAUCUUUGAUUGUCCAAACAUAAAAAAAAGACAUUUUAACAAAAACACUGUAGUCAUUGUGACUCAAUCCCGAAUCAGCUGUCAUAGCAAAUGUGUACCAGCUGAUAAUCCUUGCGGAUAAAUGCACCAUUUGCUCAUGUUGAGGAAUGUAACUGCAAACUGUGUCCUUAAGAACAUACACGCAUUGAUGAACUAGUUCGUAUUGAUGAACUAGUUAACAUAAAGGGAUCAAUAGGCACAUGGAAGUUGUAAAGUAUUUAGAGGUUGACUGUCUUUUCAUGGCUUUUGUUGUAAAUGAAUAAAAUCACUUCCAACUUUUCCUGGAAA